CUCCUCCUAGUCUACUAAGAGACCGUUCUAUCUUUCUCGCACUCCUUUUCCGCAUAAGUGUGAGCAGGACACACUUAUACGAGUACAGUACAGAGUCUCUCGAUUGUCUCUCUCUCACAUCAUGUAGAGCGUAAUAGGUGACUUCGCGUUAUAAAUAAUUUCAAACCUAUCAUUGCUCCUUCCCAAAAAUUGAAAUUAUUUUUAAAUCAGAGCUCAGGAUUGGGAAAAAAGGCUGAAGAAGGCGAAUAGACGUUUCGUCCGGUUCAGUCCGAUUGCUGAAUUUUUGCCGCAGGAUGAUUCCGUAAUGAUGCACUUGUGUGCAUUUAUGACUCAUUGAAUUUGGUGUACUGCUUUCAGGGAGGAGUGUGCGCGGAUCAGUGUCCAAUUGGCGAUAAUAGGUGUGUAGGGGCAAGUGAUUUGUAGAUGGUGGUCGAGAAGGGAACACCUGUUGCAUUUUUGACAAAGCUAUGGCACACCUGCUAAAGAACGUAACUAACAGCAUCUGGCACGCCUUCCACGCACUGGAAGGAGAUCCCCCAGGGAUCGUUACCAAGUCGAAGCUAAAGGUUCUGACAGCCAAUAUUGGAACGCUGAUGGAUCUGUAUGGAGUGGAGAAAGGUCUGGAGCAUUUUCGCAGCACGCAAACUCUAACGUUUGAACAGUUCACUUACUAUCUACAAAAAGAGGUGUUCUCGUCGCUUACUGAAGCAACUCCUAUACAGACAUGCCGUUCGUUAGAAGAGGGCAUAGAUGAAAUCUGCUGGUUGGUGUGCCGAAAGGGAUAUCUGGACAGGGCACAUCCUGUUUUCGAGGAUCUCAGUGUCUAUAGGUUGUUCAGAGUAUUUUGCCUACUUGCUGAAAUAGAAACUGAUGCAGCAGGUUCCUCCUACAUGGUAACGAUGCACAGCGAGGAGGUUGCAGAAGUUGCAUCCUACAUUGUGACAUCGCUGGGUCUUCAGUGGGAUGCCACAGACUUCUCGGCACUGGCUGCAGCCAUCGGCAUGUUUAGAUUCCCAACAUUUCUGGCAGUGUUGGAGUCGAAGUACAGCGGAGGAGGCACUCUGGAUAAUGCAGCACUGACCGAAGUCAUCGACGACCUUCACCAGAUCUACGUUGGCGAUGUGAUAAAAAAGGGAUAUUUGACGAAGAAGGGAUACCUCCUCCCCACACUGAAGUGCUUCUUCUUCGUUCUGCGCCCUGGUGAGCUGACGUACUACAAAGACUCCCAGCAGAAAGAGCCAUCGUGUGUAAUCCAGCUAAACGCUAACUGCUGGGCAGACGCAGCAGCCAAUGGUGGGAAGCCGGAGAGACGAUUCGUCCUGAGCACUCCCGAGCACAGGUGUAUCGAAUUGGUUGCGGAGGAUCACAGAGGCAGACUGCAGUGGUUGGCUGCGUUGCAAAUCGCGAUUCGCCAUUCCUCGGAAAAAAUUGGCUACCAGAGAAGCCUCGCAAACCAGAGAAGGUCCUCUCGACAGGCUGCCAAGCAAGCAUACGAGGAAACAAGAUUGGAAUUACAACACGAGCGCCAGGCAAGGAUCGCUGCAGAGAUCCAGGCCAGAAACCUGGCAGCGCUCUCGAAGGAAGAAGGGGCCAAAGUUCAGGAACUGGAAGUGGUCAAGCGGAAGCUAGAAGUGUUGUUGCAGGAAGAGAAGCAAGCUCUGCGCGACGAAGAAAUAGUUCGAGGUCUACAGGCGAGGGUCCUGCGCGAGGAAUGGGAGAAGCGAGAGCAGCUGGAGAGGCUCCAACAGGAGCAGCAGGAGCUUCUGGAGUCCGAAAAGCUGAAGAGGAUGGAGUUCGAGAAGAAACAGCAGGAGAACGAGCACCAACUGCAAGAAGCUCAGACACGACUGAAGCAGCUGGAAGCUGAAAGGCAGAGUCUGGACGCGGAAUUGUCGGCUGCGCGCGAGAAGGCUCGACGCGCAGAAGAGGCGCAAAUCCUUCUAGAAGCCCAGAUCGUCGUCACUCGACCCCUGAAGACCGCCGAGAGGAUAAGACGCACCAGAAGCUUCGUGCCGACAACCAAAGAGAGGCCUCCGUCCUUUGAGGACUUGGACAAACUCGCGGCCUUCGGCCGGAAGAAUUGCUGACAAAGCCUUCGACGCAUUUUAUUCUAACCGAGGGGUUAUUCACUCAGGAAAUUAUGGAUUUUAAUGCUGGAAAUCACUGAAAAUCACUGUAAAUCACCGACACAUUCUCUCAAUUUAAGGUCGAACCUUACCUCCUAUCAAAUCUCAUUGUUCAUCAUAUGAAAUCAAAGGCAAUCGGUUCUCAAAGAAAGAAAUAGUUUUCACUGAUUUCCGAAUGAAUAGCCCCUCGUAUUUUACAUUACAACGAAACCCCGAAAUUGCGUCGAGCUUGUGGACUUUCAGAGUCAACUAAUCGAAAUUACGACGAAAUUACAACGAAACGAACUGAAUUUAUGUGAUAUACGAAUGCGUGGAACGAAAGCGAGAUGUUCCUCGACCUUGCCUUACUGCCGGCAUUCCAAGCUUAACGCGAUUGCAGGCAGAAAUUGAUAACGUUAAUGUAUUUCUCGUCGUGGACGGGACUAUUAUUUUAUAAUCUUCUACGGAGACGAGGUCCAACUCGAUGUUGAGUUCCGGAACCCGUGUCGAAAGUAUUGAGAUCGUCGAGCUUAACCGUUUACCAGGGUACUUUCAUGCCAUGAGGAGUGCUUCCAAAGCUCGUGCUUUAUCUCCUGUAUAUACACUAAUUGUAUUCUAAAACAGAGGAUUAUUAUUCUAAUAUUAAAUACUCAGGAAGGAAA